AUGGCGCUAUCAAAGGACAAUUCGCCCCUUCUCCCUGCGCGGAAAGUACUAGUCGUUGUUACAGCUGGUGGUUCAACAAACUCGGGUACGCCUAAUGGUUACCUCAUAUUUUCAAGGUUAAUAUGUUUCGUCUUCACAGCUCCCAUGUUCGAAGUUUGCAAAUAUCUCCAUGAACGAGGACACACCAUCGAGUUUGCCACUUUUGCUGGCCGUGAGGGCUAUACCAACCCUUAUCCGUUUAUUUCCGAUGUUCAUGUAGUAGGACGCGCCAUCACGCCGGAGGAAGAAGAUAAACUCUACAUCCUCUUGAGCGAGUGGAGCUGGAGUGGCAAUGGCCUUCGAAAUUGGAUAGAGGGCAAGAAGUUCUUCGACGCCUUUUGGUCCGAGACCUACGAAAGGCUAAAACUUGUCAUCGAGACCACACGGUCAGACUUCCUCUUUGCGGAUUUCCACGUCGACGCGGCUCGGGACAUGCAGAGAGAGUACAAUCUGCCUCUAGCGACGAUGUGGCCCCAGUGGUCAUACUUCAUGUGCCCUGUACCCUACAUCCCUGGCCGCGUAGGUCCCGAGCCCCGGGUUCAGACCAGCGAGCAUGCGAGCAUGUGGGACCGCUUCAACCAAGACAUACACUUGCUGAAACACCCAAUUGCGUUCGCUGGUCUCUUCCUGACGACAAAGAGGAUGCGCGCAAAGAAGGGGCUGGAGCUUUCCGAGUUCUACCAGACUCACGACAAGACCAUGUUCGUCACAUUUGGCAAGCACGCAGGCCACGUAGAUGGUGUUGUAUGGGCUAUACGUGGCGCCAGCAAGGCAGCCUUUGCAGCUCUGACUGAAGGUGUGAUUCACGCAAAAUCACAUGGCAGGCAAAUCACUCUCAGUAGCACUGAGCUCCUCGAGAACAAGCAUCCGCAUCUCAAAUUCGUCGACUUUGCCCCUCAACGAGCAGUACUUGCGCACCCCUCUACUCGGCUCUUCUUCAGCCAUGUUGGACCCUCGUCAGCGAACGAGAGUCUUUGGCACGGAGUUCCCAUACUGCGGAUAUGA